GCCUGAAGUCAGUUUGGGAACAAGAUUUUAAAGGAACCAUGGAGCUGUCAGUUUUUAAUGAUGCCAGCAAGGAUGGUUCAGCUGAAAUAAUUGAAAAAUGGAAGAUCAAGUUGGAAGAAAUUGGUGUUUCAGUAGUCAUUGGAACCAACAAUUCCUCUCAGCCUCGAGGUGUUGGAUUUGCUAAAAAUCAAGCAGUAAUUCAGAGCUCAGGAACCUAUCUCUGCUUUCUGGAUUCAGAUGAUGUGAUGAUGCCACAGCGGGUUAGGCUGCAGCACCAAGUUGCCAUUCAACACCCAAACAGUAUUAUUGGUUGCCAAGUCAGAAGAGAGCCACUGGACUCCACUGGACGAUACACUCGCUGGAUCAAUGGCCUCAGCCAGGAACAGCUCCUUACACAGGUGUUCACCUCCCAUGGGCCUACUGUGAUCAUGCCAACCUGGUUCUGCUCUCGAGAAUGGUUUUUUCAUGUGGGAAGGUUUGAUGAGGGUGGAAAGGGUGUCCCAGAGGAUUUGUUGUUUUUUUAUGAGCAUCUCCAGAAGGGCGGUGGAGUCUUUCGAGUGAACCAUUGCCUCCUGCUCUACCGGUACCACCCCCAGGCUGCCACUCACUCUGUCCUAGAGGAAACCAUCUGGAAUCACCGAGUCAGGUUCCUCGAGGACAGAGUCCUGAGCUCCUGGACAUCAUUCACCAUUUGGAAUGCUGGCAAGCAAGGCAAGAAGCUCUACAGGAGCUUGUCACCAGCUAAUCAGAAAAAGGUAACUGCAUUUUGUGAUGUUGAUGAAAAGAAAAUAACAAAAGGAUUCUACACUUAUGAGGAGUCUGAGGAGAGACCAAAACCAAAAAUUCCCGUGUGUCACUUCAGGGAUGCAACUCCACCUUUCGUGAUCUGUGUGAAGCUGGACUUGACAGGUGGAGCCUUUGAAACAAACCUGGCCACGCUGAACCUGAGGGAAGGGAAGGAUUAUUAUCACUUUAACUAAAGCAAGCAGCAGUGCUGCAAUUCUGUGGUCUGCACCAGCUCAUGUCAUCAUCCUGCUGUUGAAAUGGAGAAGUUGCUGUUGUUUCCCCUUCCCCAGGAAGGGCAGAGGAGCAGUGGCUGCACAUCUGUGGCUGGAAUGUGGCGCUGCCAGCCUGGAAUGCUCCCUGGAACAAGGGGCUGGGAGGGCCUCAGGCAGCAGCUCCAGCCAGCCCACGUGUUCUGCAGCUGCCUGGGAACGUCCUCAGGGACACCUCCAUGAAAAAAGCAGCCCCUGGAGCAAAUUCCCACCUCACCUUGGCCACCAGCUGGGGUCUGGGCACUUUCAUGAGGUCGCAGAGGCAGUUUCGUCUCUCCCUCACCACGGGCAGCUCUGCUUCCCUGGGAGAGCAAAGGUGAUUUCAAAAAUCCAUACAAAAAUUCAAAAAAAUCCAUAAAACACCCUCAGUGAUCCCUGUCACCCCUGCACCACAAUGGGUGUGUCCUUUCAUGCACAUUUCAAAAGGCAGGAGUUUUUUGUUGUGUCACAUUUGAAGGCUAAAGGACCAUGUUUGUACCACCCUGAGUCAGAUAAACCACAAAUACACACCAGAUCUGC